AUGAAGCAGGGCAGGUACAACCAAGCAAAGCCCUGCCUUUGUCGAAAUUAAGGUUAUUCGUAAAAGUUAGAAGAAGUCCAGAAAAGUUUAGAAAUUAGAAAUGCUGAAGAGUUGUUGACAUGUGUUGAAAUGCGCGGUGCGGCAAAGGGUUGUUAAAAUUUGUGAAAUGCCCCCUGGGAGCCGAACGCGUGUCUUUUGAUGAAAACCCGCCGAGCCGAUUGCUUCAUCUCAACGAAUUCGGUCCAGCAAUUUUUAGAUUACACAAACCGUAGCCAUAAUCGGCAUAAAACAGUACGAGAGUGAGUAUUCAAUGGCUCAUUAACGAGAUCAAUAAAAGUAAACGUAAUUACCAAACGCCAUCCCCAUUUUUUUCCCUCCAUAGCUCGUACACACAGGAAGGGGCCAAUAAGCUCGAAAUCGCGUCAAAUGGCCAUUCAAAGUGUCAGUGACCAUGACGAAGUACUUCCUUUCGUUAAUGAUCCUUCAGGUCCUCUAUUACAUCACAGAAUUUUCUGACUAAUUCCAAAAAAUAAAUCAAUCGCUAAGUGAAAUGGCAUUCCUUGUUUAAAUAUUAAUUCUAUUAGCCUUCGAAGAUAGCUUCAACGCUUUCUGUUAAAAAUUCCAGGACCAAGCCGAACUUUAUGAAUUUCAGGUUACGACAUCCAAAAGUACGCACUGCGUCCAAGGCAACUUUUCACGCGCAUUUGUUUUUUUCAAAAAAAUAAUUCUCUCUUUUCUUUUAUUUCAAUUAUAGCAGACUCAAUAGUUUGCCAGUUUAGUUUUAGACUCAAGAUGGACUGCUUAUAAUUUUUCAAAAAAACAUAAGCUUUUUUUCUACCUUGCUUCAUAAGCGGUAUCUCAUUUUAAAUUUAAAAAGGAAAAAAAGUAUUAAAAUAUCACUUCUAUAUUUUUUUAUAAUCUAUAGACUUCAAAGUGAAUGAGAAAUAAUAAAUAUUAUUUUUUUAUAAAUUUUGAGAACCCGUAUAUGUCGGUCAUUCUAAGGAAAAAUUAUUUAUUUACGAAUUAUUUUUGUGUGCUAUUUUUCUUAAAAAAGAAGGAAUUUUUCUAUUUUUUUGUUGUACGUGCAUGAUUUCAUCAAGUCUAUUUUUUUCAGUUGAAGAAUUCUGAAGUGCUAUUAUCGAAAAUGGCGGACAACUUUUUCCACGCAACUCACGUAAUUUUUUUUUUCAUAUUGAUAUCGCUUUUUCGAUGAUAAGACUAACGUGUAGAAAAAAAAAACGAGAAAAAAAUUCAGACAUUAGCGCUGUACUUAUCAAGUUAACUAUAAGUAUUUCUACUUGAAGUAGAACGAAUUUUUCAAAGUAGACCGAAGAGAGAGAGAGUCAAGGAUUCUUAAGUUUACGUGUUUUAUAUAUUUUUUAUCGCUACAGAGACGCAGAAGCGCACGAAGGAAACUCGGAGGAGGUUAAAGAAGUGGAAGAUUCUGGGCAGGAAGAAGUUUCGAAAGCCGUUGAACAGUCCAAUGGUGAAGGCAGUUCUGCCGUGCCUUUCAAUGAGGCUCCAAAUGUCGAUGAAGAUUUCAUUGCACAAUACCAAGCCAACUACGGUGUUCAAUACGACGACGUUUACAGUUUGUCGUAAAUUUUUCGUUGUAAAAAAAUUAGAUUAACAGAAAAAAUGGACGAAGAACUGCAAGAAAGAAUCAGGAAGUGUGCUGAGAAGGAAGAGACGAAGAAAAAGAAAAAAGUUGAGAAGCGAAAGAUUGGAGGCGCGCCUACUGAGCCUGAAGGUAUUUAUUUCAGAGGUCAUUCCAACUAAGAAGCUGAUUUAAGGUUGGAUCGACCUCAGCGACAAAGUACAUGCAGUUUACGUUUCCAAUUUACCAACGGAUAUCACCGAUGAAAACUUUAAGGUGCUUAUUUAAUGUGUAAAAGUAGAAGAGAAGACAUUCAGAACUUCAUGGCAAAAGCAGGGGUGAUUCAACUGGAUCCACGGACCAACAAGCCCAAGGUGAAGUUAUACCGCGAUGCUGCCGGGGAACUCAAAGGAGACGGUCGAUGCAGCUACGUCAGAAAAGUUCUUGUUUAACCUUUAUUAGACCGAAUUUUAUUCAAUUUAAGGAGUCUAUAGAUCUUGCACUGUCGUUACUAGAUGGCGCCGAUCUCAAUGGAAAAAAGGUUCUUUCUAAUUCCGCAAAUAAAUUAAUUUCGAUUCUUAAGGUGAAAGUAGAGGAAGCGCACUUCGAGCAGAAAGGCAACUUUGACCCAACCAAGAAAAAGAAGAAGCUCACUUCUGCGCAGAAGAAACGCUUCAUGGAGAAACAAAACAAGUUUCAAAGCCUAUUUCUCAACUUUUUUCAACAUAGUCUUGCAGAGCAUUUGAAUGGCGAGAAAGUUCAACGAGGAUCCAACGUCCCGUUUCUGACUGCGUCGUGAUAAUCAAAAAUCGUUUCACCCUCCAAAUGUUGAUGGUAAAUUUACCUCAGGACGUCGAAAAGCGUCCAUAUUGUGCUCAGGAAAACCCCAUCCUCAUUUUUACGCUGAAAGAGGACGUCGCAAAAAGCUGCGCAAUGUACGGUCUCGUGAAGAAAGUCGUCGUUUUUGAUGUGAGCUCAUUUUUUUUUCAUCGAAAGCUCAUUUAUUGUCAGAAUAAUCCCGACGGAGUCGUAUCAGUGCACUUUUCGAACACAGACGAGUCAGACAUGGCGGUUCAUCAUUUAAACGGGUCAAUGUUCAAUGGAAGAAUGUUAGUUCUUGAAGACUUUGACAUCGAAUUUUUUGUUGUUCAGUUUGACGGCCGAGUUGUGGGACGGAAAGACGAAGUAUGCAGUCCAAGAAACGAAGGAAGAACACGAAAAACGUAUGAACAACUGGCAGAAGUUCCUCUGCGGAGAGAAGGCGCCGGAUCAGGACACCGAAGUGAGAGAAACAGAAGACUGA